AUGGAAGCAUUGAACCAGAAAUCUAUUGAGAGAGUGGUUUCUCAAAGAGCACUACAAAUGGCAAGUUCAUUUUCAUGUCAAAUUUGUGUUGUUGGACUUCUCUCUGGAGUUUGUUUAACUUCUCUCUUCUUGGCUGCUUUGACUUCUUUUGGUACCUUUCAUUUUGGCCCAAUUUUGUUUUCUUCUAUGUCAAUGGAUGAUAAUUCCACUUCUCACACCAAUAUCAACAUGGUUACAGAAUCCAAGUGCAAUGUUAAGCAUAAGGAAACUAAGAGAUUGUUGGAUUUGAAGAGCACUGUUGAGAGAGACAACAAUGAAAGAAUCUCGUCGCUUUAUUCAGUUUGGAGCGCAGUGUUGAAUGAAUCUACAAAUGAGGACAAUUGGGACUUAUGGUCUAGUUUGCCUAAAGCUCCACAUUUGGAAAACUGCAAGUUGAAAACGCAACUAUAUCGCAAUUUUGACAACCGUGUAGGAAAUGAGACGUUUCCGUUAUGGACAAGUUGGAAGGGGUUUUUGCAGAACUUGCCUGUUGUUCCAGAUGAGCACAUACAAAAUCCAAAGCAUGAUGAGGCCGUAUCUGAAGGAGCUUAUCCACCGUGGAUUGUUGGAUCUGAUGAAGAUAACUAUCCCUUGACUAGAAAAGUGCAGCGCGACAUAUGGAUCCAUCAACACCCUUUAAACUGUAACGACCCGAAUGUGAAGUUCCUUGUUACUGAUUGGGAAAGAUUGCCUGGUUUUGGAAUUGGGGCUCAGAUCGCUUCAAUGAGUGGACUUCUUGGUAUUGCAAUCAAUGAAGGAAGAGUCCUGGUAGCCAACCAUUACAACAGAGCCGAUCACGAUGGUUGCAAAGGGACUUCCAGGUCUAGUUGGAGUUGUUACUUCUUUCUGGAAACAUCCCUUGAAUGCCGUCAGCGUGCAUUUGAACUUAUGAAAAGUGAAGAGGCGCGGAGCAAAGGAGUUGUGACCAUAAAAGAAAAUUAUACGUCAAAGCAUAUAUGGAAUGGACCGACUCCUAGAAAAUGGGGACUUCCUUGGAUUUAUUUGCAACCUACAACUUAUGUAAAUGGGAGUUUGUUGAUUUCUCAUAGAAAAAUGGAUAGAAGGUGGUGGAGAGCACAGGCUGUUCGCUACUUCAUGAGGUUUCCAACUGAAUACACAUGCAAUUUAAUGAAUGAGGCCCGUCACGCCGCCUUUGGAAAAUUAGCUGCAAAAAUGGCUCUUCAAAAUCUUGAUGCAGACUGGUCCAAGGAAAGCAGUGACAAACCAAGGUCUGAAAUUGAUGAAUAUGUAUGGUCCAAUCACAAGCCUUGGGUCCCUAGGCCUCUUCUAAGCAUGCAUGUAAGGAUGGGAGACAAAGCAGUUGAAAUGAAGGUUGUUGAAUUUGAAGAAUACAUGCAGCUUGCUGAUCAAAUUCGGAGUCACUUUCCAAACCUUAAUAGCAUUUGGCUUUCUACUGAGAUGCAGCAAGUGAUUGUCAAAACCAGAGAGUAUUCGCAUUGGAACUUUUACUAUACAAAGGUAGGACGGCAAGCUAGGGCUAAUAUGUCAAUGGCGGAUUAUGAAGCUAGGCUGGGUAGAGAGACCAGCACUAAUUAUCCACUAGUUAAUUUCUUAAUGGCUGCUGAUUCAGAUUUUUUUGUUGGGGCAUUGGGUUCUACUUGGUCCUUCCUUAUAGAUGGAAUGAGAAAUACUGGGGGUAAGGUAAUGGCUGGAUACUUGAGUGUCAACAAGGAUAGAUUUUGGUAA